AUGGCUGCCAAAAAAGUGGAAUUUGCAUCAGGAGAUUUAAUCAGUAGCUUACCAGACGAGGUUUUGGGUCAGAUCCUGUCUUUGCUCCCAACAAAACUUGUUGCUUCCACAUCAAUUCUCUCAAAGCGGUGGAGGAAUCUGUUGCCUCUGGUUCACAGCCUUGAAUUCGAUGAUUCAGGUGUAAAGUGUUCAUGUUUUCCUUCCUUCCUUGAUGCCAUGGACAGAACUCUUGUCUUGCUAGGUGAUUCUCCCAUCAAGAAAGUCUCUUUGAAACGGAUGUCUCUAAUCGACGAGCCUAGGCACAACCGUCUGAUCUACAAUAUGCUGCAACGUGGAGUCUUGGAACUACACUUGUCAGCAGUGUUUCCAGGUAUGGAGCCUGAGUUCUUCUUCAGCAAGACAUUGGUUAAGCUCACUCUAUCCAAUGGAUGUUAUGGCCAAAACAAUCAUCCUCCAGGCGGUGUGCUUUUCCCUGCACUCAAAACUCUCUCUUGCUUUCUUGGUUUUGCAGGUGCUGACUUACCUGAAUCUCUUACCUCUAGCCCUUUGCUUGAGGAACUUAACUUAUGUAAUGAUGAUCCUCUUUUACCGGGUUGGGGAAAGUAUAUAGGCGGUUCAUCCGUCCAGAGAUUAUCCACUUUUUACCGUUCAGAUGAUCUAGAAGACCACGAUGGGUUUACCAUUGAGACACCAAAUCUUGUGUACCUUGACUACUCUAGCUAUGUCGCAAAAGAUUAUGUUUUUGAACUGGAUUCGCUUGUCGAGGCUAGACUGGAUCUUGUGUUGUGGAAGUAUAAUGAUAAUGUUCCACCAAAGGUUCCAUAUAGUGGGUAUGAUUCUACAAAGGGUAAUGCUUGGGGUGAUGUAACCAAACUCAUUGCAGCGGUUAAGAAUGCUGUGACCCUUCACUUAUCUGCUGAUUCUCUUGAGGCGUUUCAUUUCUGCUGUAAAUGUAAAUCGAUGCCCGUGUUCAACAACCUCGCUAGGUUAUCUUUCGAGAGCCACAAGGAACGUGGUUGGCAAGUAUUGCCACUUCUGCUUAAGAGAUCUCCAAACCUAGAAACCCUAGUCAUCAAGGGUCUUGUGCAUGAGAUUACAGAUCGAUGUGGGGAUGUAUGUGUGUGCGUUUAUGAGAAGAAAAAGAAGAAGAAGACGAAGAAGCCGAGGAAGAAGAAAAGUUGUUUAUUGUCGUGUCCAGUGAAGGUGCUAAUGAUUUACGGGUAUGGAGGAAGUUGCGGAGAAUUGAAACAGAUGAGACAUUUCAUGGAGAAUUUGAGGUUUCUUGAAGUUGUGAAAGUUAGGAUUCAAGUGGAUCAGCAAGAUAAGUACUUGCCAAUCGCCGAUGAACUGAUGAAGCUACUAGCCACAGCUUCUUCCAAGUGCAAGAUCCAUUUCAUUUGA